AUGGCGGACCCUCGCGUGAGAAGAGUCUUCAUCAACAGCAUAGACUCGUACGCGUCCAGGUGCAUCGCUCAGUGUGUGUCUGAACGCGCGGUCGGACGGACGGAGGCCGAGGAGGCCGAGGAGGAGGAGGAGGGGCGGGCGAGAACGAGCCGCAGCGGAGCGCGAGCCUUUCACGUUGUUGGGACUGUUUCUGGUAAAUGUGACGUAGGCAUCCCACAUGUCCUGGAGCAGUAUUUACAACCGACCAGGGAUGAGCUGCUGUCAAAGCUGAUGGACUGUGACGUUGUCAUCUACAACAUUACCCAGCAUGCCGAGCAGGUGGAGGAAGCCCUCUGGGCCGUCUCAGCUCUCCAUAAUGAAAUGGGCCGUUUUUGUGGACCAAAGAUGUUCAUCCUCGUCUCCACAGUGAUGACCUGGGCCUGCAGCAAGCCGGUGGAUCCUGAUACCCCUUUAACUGAUGAGAUGUUCUGGAGAAGAAGAGCACAUCCCAACUUCAAAUCAUACAUUGAUCUGGAGAAGAGGGUUGUCAAAAUAGGCAAAACUAAGAGGACAUUGUUCUCCACAUACGUGGUGGCGUCAGGUCUUCAGUACGGCAUGGGAGAGCAGGCCUUCCACUACUUUUUCAAGACUUCAUGGCUGGGACAAGAACAUGAAAUACCUGUCUUUGGAGACGGCACAAACAUCAUCCCCACGAUUCACAUCAGUGACCUGGCAAGUGUGAUCCAGAAUGUGAUUGAACAUCAGCCCAAACCAUAUUACCUUCUGGCUGUGGACUUCUCCAACAAUACCUUGGAGGACAUUGUGAAGGAAGUUGCCUCUAUAAUUGGACCAGGGAAGACCCAGAAAAGACCAUUUGAGGAGGCUUUCCUCACACAGGACUUGAGUACCAUGGAAAUUGAUUCCUUGCUUGUCAACCUACGCAUGGAGGCUGUCCAUAUCAAGGAACUGUUCUCCAUCAACUGGUUGUGUGAGACUGGUCUGGUGGACAACAUAGAGCUGGUCGUAGAGGAAUACCAGAAGGCCAGGGGACUACUGCCCGUCCGCCUGUGUAUACUGGGGCCUCCUGCAGUGGGGAAGAGCACAGUGUCCAGACAGAUCAGUGAACACUAUAAACUCCAUCACAUCACACUGAAGGAGACCAUCUCUGAAACCAUCGCACAACUGGAAGACGAUGUGAGGAAUGCUGAUCCAGAUGCAGAGAAUGAGGACUCCUCGGAAGAGGCCAGGGAGCUUCUGAACAGCCUGAAGGACAGUAUGGAGCAGUACGGAGGUCUUUUAGAUGACCAGCUGUUGGUGAAGGUGGUGAGGAACAAGCUGAUGUCUAACCCAUGCAGAAACCAGGGUUUUGUUCUCGACGGCUUCCCCAAGACAUAUGAACAAGCUAAAGAGCUCUUCUAUGCUGAAGAACAUGAUUCAGAAGACGGAGCAUCCCAGAUUUCCUCAAACAGCAAGAAGAUAAUGCCAGAGUUUGUGUUGUGUCUGGAUGCUUCGGACGACUUCCUGAAGGACCGGGUGAUGAGGCUGCCUGAGAGGCUGGUGCAGGAGCACAACUACGAGCAGGAGAACUUCCUGCGACGACUGGCCAGAUACAGAGCGAACAACAUGGAGGAUGAGACUGUUGUAAACUACUUUGAUGAGCUGGACAUCAGCCCUCUGUACCUGGAGAUCACCAGCAGCGAUGAACCUGACUGCCUGCUGCUGAUGCAGAAGAUCUUCGACACGGUGGGCCAGCCCAGGAACUACGGCCCCUCCAGCCAGGAGGUGGAGGAAGAGGAGAGGAGGAAGGCUGAGGAGAAGAUGAGGAGAGAGGCCCAGGAGAGAGCUGAAUACGAGAGGAAGGACAAAGAGGACGCCAAACACAGUGCCGCACUCUGGGAGGAGUGGACUAAGAGUUUGGAGGAGGUGAGGCAGCAGGAGGAGGAGGUGCUGGAGGCUGAGUCAGCCCCCAUGAGGAACUACCUGAUGGAGCACGUCAUGCCCACUCUGACCCAGGGCCUGAUGGAGUGCUGCACGGCCCGACCACAGGACCCCGUGGACUUCCUGGCGGAGUUCUUGAUGAAGAACAGUCCCUUCAACUACUGAAAGUGGAGGUUUUUUCUUCUCAUUCCACCUGAUGAAAACAAACUGAAAAAACUGAAUAAAGAAUGUUUUUUUAUCCUAGAUUUCCCAAGCUCUUUGGUAUAUUAGACACCAAAGUCAAUUACAUGCAGGAUUCCUGUUAGAGGAAAACCUCCUGGAGUCUCGUCACUGUAUUUGAGCCGGCGCAUGCAAAGUGUCCCUCGGUUCAUGCUGGGAUUUUGAUUAGAUCUGAUUUGUAAGUGGCCCAUUCUCCUGCCCCUGUUGUAUUUACACAAGGAUUUGUUUGGGCUCUUGUGUGCCGGCCAUUACUUAAAAGCCCCCUAAAAAAGCAGAUGAAAGUGUGCAUGAAGCCAAAAGCUAAUUAGGAAGUUAAUUUGCGUAAUGAACUUGGUAAACUCCAAAGUAGACGCGCUCGGGUCAUAAUUGCUUUGAUUUGGCUUCAGAUAUCCAGGAAGGAUAAAUGUUACAAAUGGCUGCUAAUUUGCGUCUCUCUCAUGUUGCCACUCGCGACUCCAAAGUGUACAUAAUUGGUUACGACAGAACACCAAAUUAUUUCAUUGGACAUACUUAAUCACCACAUGGGGAAAUUAGUUGAGUUUAUUUGGGAAACGUUGUGACUCCAGCCGACGAUUGCACUGCACCAUCUGUGAGUCCCAGGUACAAACACGACAUGGAGAGUUUCCUGAAAGUAAAAUAUGGUAAUUCAAUAUUGUCAUAGUCUCAUGAGUCCUGAAACAUGGAGUAAAUAUUUUAUUUUUCUAUCUCGGUGAACAGAAGAUAUGUGUCACAGCAGAAGCAGGUGCACCUCGAUGUUCAGUGAGGAAGAAGAACUGAGAUCUUUUUCUGAAGCAAAACCAACAAAUUUCACCAGGAUGAAGGUCUGGCCUCGUACCUAAUUGCUAUGUCAGUGUAAUCAUAACUAACUGGUUAUAAUAAUAAUAAUCAUUCUUAUUAUUAGUAAUAUUUAAAUUAUUAUUAUUACAUGUUAACUAUCUGGUUUGGUGUCAUUGAUAGAGCUGAACACUGAUCAGUCACCCAAGUGUUUCACCACCAGUGCAGUGCCACUAGGUGGCAGUCUUAAAUCAUCUAUUAGCUGUCAGGAGCCGGUCCCUCUCACUGAAAAGGAGAUUAUGGGAUGUGUCUGUGUUCUU